GUUGCCCAGGUGGAGACUGCUCUGGACUCCUCCCAGGGGACAGCGGACGGCAGCACCUGCUGCAGCACGAGGCACAGAGGGUGCACUGCAGAGAGGAGUGAGGGCAGAGGCCAAGGCGAGGAGGGGGCCGGCUCCCGCUCUCUCUCCCACUGUGUGUGCUGCGCCUUCACGCUCCGAGCAUUGUCUUCCCUGCGAGCCUAACCCAAGGCGGUGGGCUGGACGCGCUGGACCCUCUCUUUGGCUUCCCUGACGUCUCUCGCCUGCUGCAGAAGCAGAGAUGCGGCCGAGUGUCUGGGCCGCGGUGUCCGCGGGGCUGUGGGUCCUGUGCACGGUGGUCGCAGCGGCCCCCCGGCGCUGCCUGCUCUCGCACUACCGCUCGCUGGAACCCCGGACGCUGGCGGCUGCCAAGGCGCUGAGGGACCGCUACGAGGAAGAGGCGCUGAGCUGGGGUCCGCGCAACUGCUCCUUCCGCCCCAGGAGGGAUCCUCCGCGGCCGUCGUCCUGCGCUCGGCUCCGCCACGUGGCCCGGGGCAUCGCGGACGCCCAGGCCGUGCUCAGCCGCCUGCACCGCCCAGAGCUGCUCCCCGGCGCCGGCCCGAUCCUGGAGCUGCUGGCGGCCGCGGGGAGGGAUGUGGCAGCCUGCCUUGAGCUGGCACGGCCAGGCUCCUCCAGGAAGGUCCCCGGGGCCCAGAGGAGGCGUCACAAACCGCGGAGAGCAGACUCGCCUCGGUGCCGCGAAGCCAGCGUGGUCUUCAACCUCCUGCGCCUGCUCAUGUGGGAGCUCCGGCUGGCUGCACACUCAGGGCCUUGCCUCUGACCCCGCCCCCUCUGGCACCACCGAAACCUCCACGCCAUUGGCUGCCGAAAGCAGCUCCUGUCGUCCAUUGGGCUGGCCAGGCAAGGCUCUCAGCCAAUGGGUGCUGAGGCACGAGAACUUCUUCGCAGCCUUGGGCCUGACUUGGAUGCACUCUCUCAGAUCUAAGAGGAGCGGGUCCUUCUACAGAGAAGAGAGCACAGUUCUCCAGGAAGCCACGAUAUUUCCUCGGGUGCAUUGUACGACCCUCCAAGGGUUGCUAUGGCAGGAAGAGACUUGAGCUCUGAAAACCGUGGCUGACCCCCCAGGCAACAGGGACCAGUUCCUCCUUGUGUGGUUACCAGGACACCCCCAACACCAGGUCCUGACCCCGGAUUUGUGGCCCCACAGCCAGCUGUGAGAUUCUGUGAAUCCGUGACUCUUGGAACCGGCAUCUAAGGGACACCAAUCCAUGAGGGAUUUGGUAGUGAAAAGCCCAAGAGUCCUUAACUGACUGUGGUUCUUUGGAUUCCCUUACAUGUGUUGUUUAUAUUUGUGAAGUUCCUGUGCAUUUGCUGUUCUGUCUCCUGGUUUAAAUUUAUUGCCAGUUAUUAAACAGUGUUUUGAUUGAAUUGGUUGUUUUCCGUAUGAUGAUUGUGAAGUCCGCCUUACAGCAAAAAAAGAGGCCGAGCCAGGGACUCAGGUGGCCUGAGUUUCAGUUCUGACCCUGCCAGUUAAUUACAGUGGAAUUCAGGGCAAAUUACUUUUCUGAGCCUGUGUUUCCUCACCUAUAGGAUGGGUGAGCAUACUUGCCUUGUGGAGGAGUAGUGUACGUUGAAAUCAUGUU